AGAUCACUUCUAUUUCUCUUAGAGAUAGUUACAUAUUAUCUAAUACAUUUAGUUUUUCACUACAGUUUAGUGGUGCAUUUUUACUUAUUUUCAAAUUUGUGUAGGAUAAAAAUCAAAAUGAAGAUUGCUCUAAUCACCUUAUCAGCCUUCGCCUUAGUCCUAGCCGAACCACCAGUACCAAGUAGCCAGUACCUGCCAUCGAACACAUAUGGAGCGCCAAGGUUGUCGACUCCAGCCAGCACAUAUGGAGCGCCAGCGCAAACUGAAGCUAUCCUGAAACCCAGCAGCAGUUACGGCCCACCAAGCAGUAGCUAUGGCCCACCCAGCAAUACUUACGGACCACCCAGCAACACCUAUGGACCUCCUAGCAACACUUAUGGCCCACCCAGCAAUACUUAUGGCCCACCUGGAUAUGGAGGUCGUGAUGAUCAAUCAGAACCUGCCAACUACCAAUUCUCUUACCACGUAGAAGACGCUGCCUCUGGAAAUGACUUCGGCCACGAAGAACAAAGACAAGGAGACGUCGCCAAAGGAAAAUAUUUCGUCCUCCUUCCCGAUGGUCGUCUCCAAACUGUUGAAUACACUGCCGACACUGAAGGAUACAAACCAAAGAUCAGUUACGAGCAAGUUGGAGGAUACCCAUCCGGAGGCCCAUCAGGAUAUCCUUCUGGGGCACCAUCCAACGGUGGAUACCAAUAUUAGAAAUUUGAAUAAGCAUUAACGUUUUUUGUUUUUCUCCAGCUUUCGAUAUGAGCACUCAACGUAUCGUAGUUUUUGACCAUUUGUUUUUUUAAUGCAGUUGAACUGGUACUAGUACCUCAGUCUACCACAAGAGAUUUUUGUCUCCUAUUGUAUAUAAAAUCUAAUAAUUUCUAUCUUUUCCAAUUGUUUCUACGAUUUGAACUCUUCACUUCAUUGAAACUGCCUCCGAAAUAAGCAUAUCUUUCUCUAAUCCUGAUCUUGAUAUUAUUCGUAACUUUUAAUAUUAUUUUAAUUCAAUGUAAAUAACAUACUAUUUUCCAAAUAACGCAGUAACUGUAAGUUUUCUGUCGACAUAUAUGAUUAUUUUAUUUAGUUUUUACCAUAAAUGUUAUUUUAUUGUAUAUACCAAAAAUUUUAGAUAUUAAGGUAUAAAAUUAAAAGAAAAUAAUCACAAUAGUGUCAUGGCUAAGAACUUUAAAUAUUUUAAAAAGGGUAUUAAUUUUUUUGACUUUUUUUGACUAAGAAUCUUUGAUCUGUAUAUUCACCUUCUCUACGUAUGUUCCCCAGCUUUUUCUUUAUCUAUGUUUUAUAAAUAAAUUAGUAAUUGAAAUAUUAUUGUAGAUGUAUGUCCUUUUCAUUUUGUAAGAUUUUAAAAUAUAGAGUAUACUGGUUCUUAUGUAAUAAAAAAGUUACCAAACAUUUGUUAACUGUAGGAGACAGAAAAUUUUUUAGCUUUAAUAUGACGUUUUAUAUACUGACAGCUUAACUGUGUGAAUUGACAGGUCAGUGUAGGAUAUGAUAAGGCCCGAUAUAUGGAUAAUGUAUUAUGUUUAGGAUUUUUUGUAUAAGAUCAGGUGUAUUUGAUCAUUGUACAUAAAAGUUUAUAUAUAUUUAUUUUUGCCAUAUUUAUAUCAGUAGUUUGUAGAAGAUGAAGUAUAUUUUUUAUAUUAAAUACAUUGAAAUAAAAUAUUUGCAAUGG